UGUCCGAGGAGUGAACCAGUCUCCUAACGGGAGCGACAGCAGCGGGGGCAGAGCUGGGCCGCUGCACCCCAGGGAGAGCCCGCGUGGCUGGGAACUAGCCCGAGCUGCGAGGGAGACUGGGGCACCGGCGGGACCCAUCCCGCUCCCUGCUCCCGCCGUUCCCCCACCCCGGCUUCGCUGUGCCCCCAUGGACGGCGAGCUGCGGUGCCAGUGCCUGCAGACCGAGGCCACGGUGAUCCCCCCCAAGCGCAUCACCCACGUGGAGCUGAUCCCCGAGGGGCACCACUGCGGGGUGCCAGAAGUCAUAGCCACCAUGAAAAAUGGCAAGGAAGUCUGUCUGGAUCCCACCACGCCCUGGGUCAAGCUGAUCGUCACCAAGAUCCUGAACAGUAUUGCACCUGUGGACCAACCUGCCCUGACAGACCCCGUCAUUCCUCUGGACCCAAAAUAAGGAUUUAACUUACCCGUUGCAAGAGGAGAAUUUUGAGGGAUAGCACCUGUGUAUUAGCAAACAUGUUAACCUGGGCUAUGCGCGGAGCCAUGAUGCCAUCUUUUAGACUAUUGGCCUAUUGUGCUAAUUUUGUCUUGCUGCUAGAACCUAUCCAGGGUCUGGGGAACUCUCCCCCCCCACCCCCCCCGCUUCUCUCCGCCCACUGGCACGUAUAUAAUCUAUUGUUUAGCAGUGUCUCACUGAGCCUAAUAAGCAAAGUGACACUCCGCCAGCGCUGUGCGUAAUAAACCCUUGUGCUUGACUCUA